CAACCCCCUCCGCCAUGCUUCGAGACACAGCACUGAUGCGGAUGAGCAGACCAGUUUUUUUCCCAUCUGUUGGAGAUAGAGCGAGUGAGAACGAGUAAGCUAGACAGAGAGAGAGAAAGAGAGAGAGAGCAAGACGGAGGAAGAGAGGGAGGGAGGGAGGACGAGCUAGCGGUGCUCAGAGACACUGCAACCAUGUUAGCUGUAAACAAUGGCACAUGAGGUGCUAACAGACACAGUGGAAGACAGAAGAAGAGGUGUGCUUUUUUUCGGGGAGGGGAGUCUCGUGUGAUUAUGGGGGACAGAGGGAGAAGGAUGCGCCCCACGGACAGACCUCCUCGACCCGCGGCAGUCCGGGAUUCAACGGCAUGCGCAUGAGAGUUUGGACUAGCCGGCCUUCCCGAACUCCGCCCGAUGGGACUCCACGGGACCUGAAGAGGGACGGUUCGAGACGAUCCAGCGGCGGCGAUGGCCACUGACCCCCCGCGCCCCGCCUCUCUGUCCUCCCCGCACCAGCCGCCGGACAAGGGCGAGGCGGCGACCCUGGGGCUGCCCCCCCCCGCCGCCGGCGGCCAUGGCGGCUCGGACGGCAACGUCAGCCUGGAGGCGGGCGAGGCGCCCGCCGACCCGCAGCGCACGCGGGCCGCCAUCGACCACCUGCAGCAGAAGGUGCUGAAGGUGACGGAGCAGGUGCGCGUGGAGCAGGAGGCGCGCGACGAGAACGUGGCCGAGUACCUGAAGCUGGCGCACAACGCCGACAAGCAGCAGGCCGCCCGCAUCAAGCAGGUCUUCGAGAAGAAGAACCAGAAGUCGGCGCAGACCAUCGCCCACCUGCACAAGAAGCUGGAGCACUACCACAAGAAGCUGAAGGAGAUCGAGCAGAACGGUCCCGCGCGGCAGCCCAAGGACGUUCUGAGGGACAUGCAGCAGGGCCUGAAGGACGUGCGGGCCAACGUGCGGGCGGGGAUCAGCGGCUUCGGGGGCGGGGUGGUGGAGGGGGUGAAGGGAGGGGUGUCGGCCCUGUCCCACACGGCCGUGGUGUCCAAGCCGCGCGAGAUCGCCAGCUUGAUCCGCAACAAGUUCGGCAGCGCCGACAACAUCUCCCAGCUGAAGGACACGCUGGAGGACCCGCUCCCCGAGGACACGCCCCGGGCGCUCAGCGGCAGCGCCACGCUGGUCUCCAGCCCCAAGUACGGCAGCGACGACGAGUGCUCCAGCGCCACCUCUGGCUCCGCCGCCGGCAGCAACUCCGGGGCGGGGGCCGGCCUGGGCCUGGGCCCGCCCAUGGGCAGCCCCAAGGCGGCCGCGCUGGAUGCCCAUCACCCCGGCUCCUGGGACCCCCUGCUGGAGGCCCUGCGGGAAGUCAAGGCCAGCCAGGGGCACCUGGAGGACGCCAUCGAGGACAUGAAGGCCCAGCUGCAGAGCGACUACUCCUACAUGACCCAGUGUCUGCAGGAGGAGAGAUACAGGUACGAGCGUCUGGAGGAGCAGCUCAAUGACCUGACGGAGCUACACCAGAAUGAAAUGACCAACCUCAAACAGGAGCUCGCCAGCAUGGAGGAAAAGGUGGCCUACCAGUCCUACGAGAGAGCGAGGGACAUACAGGAAGCGGUGGAGUCCUGCCUGACGCGCAUCACCAAGCUGGAGCUGCAGCAGCAGCAGCAGCAGGUGGUGCAGCUGGAGGGGGUGGAGAACGCCAACGCCCGGGCGCUGCUGGGAAAGUUCAUCAACGUCAUCCUCACCCUGAUGGCCGUGCUGCUGGUGUUCGUGUCCACGCUCGCCAGCUUCAUCACGCCGCUGAUGAAGACGCGGGCCCGGGUCGGGGCCACCCUGCUCCUCGUCUUCCUGCUGGUCUCGCUCUGGAAGCACUGGCCCUACCUGGAGCAGUGGCUGGGGUACAGCUGAGCGCCUGGCUGCUCUGCGGAGAGGCACACCUUCACUCACGGGAGGGGUAGGGGGGUUUGGGGGCUUGUCUGUGGAUCCUCUCGCGUCCUACCUGUGGGUUUACAGUUUUCGUUCCUUGGGCUCUUUUACCAGGAAGGCCAGUGACACGUUUGUGAGAACAAAAAAAUGUGGCCUUCAAAGAAUAUACACGACAAACGACUCCUUUAAACUUCAUCUGUGAACAUGCCCUAGGUGGGGGGCAGAAAGGUCACAAAACAUGGCAGAACAAAGGAUUGGUGUGCCAGACCAAUGGGCAUUUGGUAUCAAGGCUGAGACUGAGAUGAAGCAAGCGGCUGUCCGUACGGUUACUUGGCAACCUUCAGUACUUCUCAUAGCACCGCGAAGAAAAAAAAAAAAGCCUGUGAUUGCAGAACAAUGGUACUUACCACAAAAACAUUUUUGGUAAUGAUAUUUUUUUUUCCCGAUCAGCUAGUUUUUCCAAUUUUGUUUAUUGACAGCAUGAGCACUGUGUCACUGAAAAGGUACUUUCAUAUAAUUACAGAUUCUGUUAGUUACAAUGAACAAAGAAACUGUAGUUUUUGUGAUAGCACUGGGCAUUCAGCUCUCUGAGAUCAACGCCUACAUUUUCCUCAUUUACACCUAAUCUGCUGACUUAGUAAUGCCUGCAAAACACACACACACACACACAGCAAUUAAGGUCUGCCACAAAACUCUGACUAAUGCCCCAUGAGAACUGUAGUGCUGUAUCUUCAGAUUGUUGUUCUGGCAAAAUGGCUUCCACUUCAAAGGAGCAGACUGUUUUCAGAGGUUUCCGGUACUACGGAUCACGCUGACGCCAAUAAGCAAAAUGCAUACAUACGCAUGAGAUGUAAUUUUACCUGAAUAAGCAGGAAAACCGUAAUAAAAUCUAGUGAACUUACUGCUUUUUUGGCCAGCAAGCUGAAACUCAGUUGCCUGCAGAGAAAGACACAGUUUAAGCCUGAAUGCUUUAUUUUAAAUCUCAAACAUAUUGCCUUGCUUUGUUUCUACAGCUAAACAGCAAGAUUAUUUUUUAAAUAAUAAAAUUGGAUUAAUUUUUUCACAGGAGAAAGCAAAAAUAAUCGGCAUGUUGAUGUUUUCUAAUAACUGUAUAUUAAAGAGCUUUUUUUGACCAGACAAUAAUUCACUACCGCAAUUUAAAAUUGCAAAAAAACAAUAAUCAUUCAGUUUGACACAACUGUAUUUGUUUACGACAAAGGUAGUGUAGUGUAGAAUUUAGAUGACUUGAAUUUUUUCUGAUACUUCGAUAGAUUAACCACCAAUGCAGCCUCACUUCUCAUCUGUCUGACUGUGUCAUAGUCUCUAUGCUCCAAAUCACUACCAUUGUGAUGUUUCAUUGAUCCUUUGCAGUGGGUUAUUUCAAUACCCUCAACAGAGCUAAUAUCUGUAAUAGUCGUCUAUGUCGUUUGCCUGGGUCUGACGUUCUAUUCAGUGACUGCUGCUGUGUACUUCAGACAGAAAACCUCGGAGAGUGCUUUUGUGCUGUUGUCAACUGGAAUUCGACAGAGCUUUAAACAAGUUAUCUCUUUUUGUUGUUUUUAAAAACUAUUUUAUUUCUGUGUGUUGUGCAUUUGCCUUUAAUUUUUUAAAAAUUCAAUUUACCUGUUUUUGUAAAUUAAUUUUCCCAUUCAAAUGCAAAUGAAAAAAAUUGCCCAUGCUAUUACCUUAACGAACAAUGCCUGGCUGAAUUUAAUAUUUAAAAAACACUUCAGGAGAAUCUAGCAAUGCUAAUGAAAAAUAACGCAAUAAUAAAAUUAAUCAAGCGCAACUUUGCAGACAAAAUGCGUUUCAACAGCAACAGUAAAUAUCUUAUAACAAAGAACAACUUAUUGUAGACAUGAAGUAUUCUUUUGUUAAAUGAUUUUAUACAAUUGACUCACACCGAUAACUUGAAACAGUUAACCGUUUCUCUGUAGAUACUUCUGUUUUAUAAAUAUUAUAAAAGCAUAAAGAAAUACACCUCUAUGAAAUGAAAGUUGGAGAGACGCGGGAGUAAGAGAUGCCAGUAUGGGACUUCGGACAUCAAAAGCAAUUUCCAAACAAAGGUUUUUGGCUGGAGAUAUAUAUGAUUCAUGCAUGGGUUCAAUACUCAUAGUUUACUGUGCCAUUCCAAUCCCAGCUUUGGCUCAACAUCAACAGCACAGAGCUACGGGCAAAUUCUUCGGAACAGCAGACCAGGGGUAUAUAUGUACCAGUGGCAUUCUGAUAAAUUCUGAUACAAUUCACAGACGGCAUAUGCACUUUAGGAUAUUUAUUCGACAAGAUUUACAUCUGCCAAGAUGAAAUCCACGUGUGCUGGGGUCAAAUUUAAGGCACUAGAACUAUGGCAAGGAUUUGAUUGUGUUUAGUCCAAACCGAAUUGUUUUAACCAGUUGAAAAGGCCACAUGGAGACUUCUCUUCUGUAGUACUGACUGAUGUCAUUCGGGUAUACAUAACAUAAAACAGUGACGAGAACAGGCCAUUAAGUCCAACAAUGUUCGCCAUUUUCCCACCACCAAUGGGUACAUAGUGAUCACAGUACACUGACUCACUAGAUAGUAUUUAUCUAGUUUGCAAAUGCAUAAAUGCACUUCAGUCUCCAUGGAUGCAAAACCUGAUUGGGCAAAUGAGCAAGGGAAGGUUGUGUUUAUUCAUGAAACUUUUAAGGUAACAAAACUGAAGAGUUCUUUGUUUUAGCACAGUAUUUUCAUGAGGUACUCUCAAAUGGCAUUUUAAUAGCAUUUUUUCUUUGCUCCACUGUUGGUAUACUAAACUGGACUCAUGUGGACUCAGUUUGCAUUACGUUGUAAUUUUCUUUCUAUUUGAGCUGUCUUGUCCAUCAUCUUUCUGAUAAGUGAAUUAACUGGCAAAGAAUGUUUGUUCUAGGGUGCAGGCGGACAGGGAAACAGAAUUUGUAUGGCUAAAAUGUGAAUACGACAGAUUAUGGAUGCUGGUGCUUUGCUGUGGAGCAGAAAGGUUGUCUGUACUCGUUGAUAUCGGAAACCUUCAAUAUUCGGGGGGAAAAGGCGGUUUCUUACCUGCUGUGGUCUAAUGUAUAAUAGCAGGCCAUAACACUGACCUUGGAUUGUCCUCUAAAAAAAAUGCUAAAAAACAAUCUCUUUUGUAUAUGCUUAAGCGCAUCCAACUAAAUGCUUAAGUUAGAGGUUAGAGGUUCAAUUUCUCCACAGAGAGCUUGACAUUAAUUUGAAGCUGUAAAGGGAAGUACAAGUAAACCCAAUGUUAACUGUUGAUGCAUAUUUUGCACAGUAUCUCAUAUGUAUACCCACACACACACACACACACUCACGCACGCCCAUACACACACACGCGCACACACACUGUAACAAGAAGCAAGCAUGAAUAGAUAAUGAAAAGACUGAAUGUAGCCAAAAAGAACAGAUUUUUUUUUUUUUUUUAAAGCCUGGUUGAUGAAUGGCGGUUGAACUACUCAUGCAGAAGCCUGGUAAACAGAUUGCUUUUAAUUGCACGUGGGACCGAGCAAUGUGAACAUAGGAAUGUGUUAAUGUGUGUCUUACCUGGGAUUACCUGAAAAGAAGCAGGGCAUUUUGCUGUAUUUCUUACACAAAAGCACCCCCUAGUGGUUAAUUUACACAAGUGUUUUGUGUCAAGUGCUUGGUUAAAAGAUUUUUGUCUGGAUCACAGAAUUCUGUUAAAACCAUACAUUUCAAAAAAAUGUCAUUUUCAAGCUGUAGUUGAGGCAAUAAAAAAAUGCAAGUUUACUCUUUAA